CUGAUUGUGGGGCAAGGCUUUCAAUAUUCCAUUGUCAACCUUGCAGUCUGUCUGCAUCGUCCGUGCCUCGGACGACCUUCCUUUCGCAUCACCAACCCACCUGGCGAGCCUCAAGUUCGUUCUUGAAGCACGCCCGCCGGUCCUAAUCCCACAGCGCACCAGCGGAGCCGUUCGUUUCCUCGAAGCAAUCGCAUCAUCAACAUGCACCCGUCCUGAUGGAUUUGGCAAAGCAGCUGGUGCGCUCCUGCGUGCGCGCAUUCUACCAGCAGCCCAACUUUGACGUCCGCCACAUCCUCGUCAUUGACGCCCUGGUAAUCCACUCGGCGCUGCGCGACGAUGAUCUUGCAUACCUCCUUAGCAUGACGGCGUUGAAGGAUCUCCACAAGCUCUGCGCGAAGCUCAGGGAUGACCGUUUCCUGGCCAUACACGUACGAUCAGAGCUCAAGGAGGGAUCCGUCCGCCCCGUCAACCGAACCUACUACUACAUCGACUACAGACAGACGAUAGACUUCAUCAAGUGGAGAGUCUACAAGCUAGGGAAGGACAUGCAGGUGCCCACAGUACCCGCUAACGAGCGCAAAGAGUACGUCUGUCCGAGGUGCAAGGCAGAUUACACCCAGCUUGAGGUCCUCGACAACGUGAGCGCCCAGGGCUUCCUCUGCCAGCGAUGCAAUCACGUCCUCAAUCACGAAGCGGAGAGGACCUCGGCCGGACACGAGAAGGUCACCCGGCUCAACAACCAGUUGAAGUUCAUCACCGACUUGCUGCUCCGCAUCGACAGUGUCGUUGUCCCAGACAACAACUUUGACUUUGCGAUCCAGGCCGCCCUGCCAGUCGUCAGAGAUGCCCAACACCAGGUCGUAAAGAGCACAGUCGUGGAACAAGCGAGACCUACCAGCGUCAAGGGCCUGGCUGAUACGGGCCCCAAAAAGAUCGACAUCAACAUCUCCAACUCAGAGGGCCCCUCGGAGGAGGAGAAGGAGGCCGAGCGGUUACGCAAGGAGAAGCUGGCGAAGCAGAACGAACUGCCAGAGUGGAUGUCAAGCAGCACGGUCAACGGGGCCUCAUUCUCCACCGCCGGAGCUGGAGGUGCCGCGGUCUCGAACGCCGACACGGACAAGGAGACGCUCAAACGGCCACAGGCGCUCGACGAGACAGAAGCCCAGAAGCUGAGCAGCUACAUGGAGAACCUCAAGCGGGAGCAGCAGGCAGCCCUCGCCGCGCAGCAGGACGAGUCAUCCGACGAGGAGGACGAGGGGGACUUUGAGGACGUGGUCGCGACACCACCGCUGAUCCCCGCUGGGACCGCGAUAAAACCUGCGCCUUCGCCCCUCCGACAGUCCAGUGUCCCGGUGGCCGUCAAGCGCGAGGCCGACACGAAUGGGUCGGGGAUCAAGCGCGAGAGCCCCGGGGACGACAGGCCCGUGAAGAAGGUCAAGGUCGAGGAGCCUGCAGACGAUGGGGACGACGAUGAGGAGGACAUGGAGUUCGAGGAUGUGUGAGAUGGGCUUACCCAGCAGGACGAAAGUACCCCAGGAUUGCUCAAUCACAUACACUCCAAUCGCAUGCACUAUUUCCAUAACCAUAAAUUUAAAAAAUGGUAAGAUGUCAUGUGGCUUGCCUGCCUCUGGUGUCUUUACAGGAGUCUGUCCAUGGGAAAUCGGUCUCGAGGAGGCUGACCCAUAGGGAAAUUGGUCUGGAAGGGGAGGUGGUAGAGAUACAGUGGCUGUGUAGCGGACACCGGAGCAAUUGUUGGAAAUGGGGGGUUCUUCGGCGGCGGUGGUCACACCCUGGUGGCGGUUAAACGGAACGCCAUGGCUAUCGACCGUUGAAUCACUUCACUACGAAGGGUAUGGAUCAAUCUUGAUUGUGUCGUCUUUCCAUAUUUGGGUUCAUAGUCGUGAAUAGUUGAUAGAUCGGUGGGGCAUCCAAGGGCACAGGCACACUGCAUAGAUCAACGUCGACGCAGAUUGACAUUCCAUAUGCGGAUAAUUAUCCUCUUACCCCAAAAACAGGACGAGUAAUAAGAGAGCAUUUGUUACCA